CUCUAUUUUCUAUACGACGAUAUGGUUCUAGGUGUGACAGUGUACUCCGUACGUAGAACAAGAACCAUGAAGGCGGUCAGUAACUAAAUCAGUUACAAUGUUGAUCUUCACAUGACAUAACUGCAUUGGCCGCUAUGACCAUAUAGCCUGUGGUAGGAGCGGCCCGCUUCAUCCCCGCGAAACUGCCCUCACGCGCGCAAUGCAGUCAAGGGCGCAGGGAAGCCGGUUGAAGCCGCUGGCGGACUCUCUUGAACAUGUUGGAUUCGUGUCCAAAGGUGAUAAGAAGCUUCUCACCUACCAAGCUCAACACGAGUACUAUGACAAGAUCGUGGCGCGAUAUAUGAAAUUCUGCGCAGAUCACCAUAAAACUCUCGACGCUGCAUUUGCAUCCCUUCCUACCAGCGCCUCGAACGAUGCGACCUCGAACCCCCCAGCCGCCCUGCCUUCCUCGAAACGAAGCCCCGCGGAGAAAAGCAUCCCCCCACCUUCGUCCGAACUGUCCACCCUCCUUCUCUCCUUGCGCAAGCUUCGUGAGGCCGUCCUUGCCACGGCUUCGGAAACACCUAUCGAUUUCACCCAGCGCGUUCAUAUAUUCUCCAUCCGCUUGUCCAUUCGCGCCCAGCACCCUCCAUCAUACUUUCCGUCCUUGCGCUACAGCCUCGACAAACUACAUUCGCGAUCACACCCGCUCCCAGACUCCGAGGUAAAAGAGAUAGUCACGUACUUGAUUCUUGACUAUGCGUGUCGACAGGACGAUAUGGUCUCGGCGUUUGAGCUACGUGCCCGCGCGCGCAGGGACUUCAAGUUCUCCGAUAAAACCAUUGACCAGGCCCUCGACGCAUUGAUGCAUGAUAACUGGAUCGUUUUCUGGCGUGUACGUAAGACGGUCGAUUCUUAUACACAGGCAGUAAUGGACUGGGCGGUGGAUCGAGUACGAAGACACGCUCUCAAGGCCGUUGGCAGUGCGUAUCUCAAUGUCCAUGUGAGUUGGAUCGUGGGCGGUUGCACGGGCGAUGACGAGGGCUGGACGUGGGAGAAGCUAGUUGAUGUCGAGAAACUCGGUUGGGAGAAGGAGGGCGAGAAGAUUGUCAUUAGACGGCCGAAGACGCGGUUACCUGCGAACCCGGAGCCUGCGCAGUCGAGUACAGUGGGUUCCUGACGUCGGAUGUACAGCACAUUCUCGGGCGUUGGGUGUUCUUUGCAUGGAGUCGGAUGCAUGGUGUUCGGUGUGAUCAGGGUUGCACUUUUCAUUUAUUCUUAAAGGCUUGGCAUUCAUUCACGGAGUGGGUAUUAUUCACAUUGGCACUCGAGAUAGGAAAGAGGUUGGACUCAAUCCAUUCGGCUUGAUGGUCAUUUCAUGCUUGUUCAGUUGUCUCAUAGCUUAAAGUCAGUAUUAGGCCGGUCUAGAUUGGUCUGGCCGGAUACUGGUUGCUCUGCGAUGAUUGCAGCCAGUUGACCCUUCAAUCUCCCAGCGCUGUCGCAGCAAAGCUCAUAGACGGUCGACAGGUUGAAUAUUAGGCUGCCGAACGACUGGUGGGCGGAAACCUGGGCCUCUAAGAGUAGGCGGG